AUGACAUAUCUCAAGCUCGACUCAUCCCGAUCUACCAAUCAGUCAAUGACAGGUGUACACGACCAAACCCCCGACUCUAGAUCGUCGUACGCCACAAGCCUUAAUCUGACCUUCUCGUCGUUCCGUUCGUUCUUUUAUAAUUUUGUACAAAGAACAAGUCAAUUUUUGAUGAUGGCGUACUCAAUUCUGAACACUGGUGACUUUUAUUGCGUAGAAUUCACUCAUCUACUCAUGAUCAUCAUGAAUGAAGUCGCGUCUCAAAUAUUCAUCCUGGAUAAAUACCACCCCGGAUAUAUAAGAACUAAAUCAACAAAAAAUGUCACAAAGAAAAUGCUAUUGCUCAAUUCAUACACCAACGUUUUGGUCAACUUAAUUCUAAGAAGUUAUUUCGAUGACCAUCGAUGUCUUCUGAUUUUUACCGACACCGAUCUGGACUACGACGGCCACAUUCCCGCAGUCAGAAUCAAAAUUGCUGAUGGGUGGGUCGACUACGGGCUAAUUUUCCACUACCAUGGGUGCCAAGGCGUAGUCAUUUAUUCGCAAAACCCACAGACAAUUUUCGUGGAAUUUGAAACCCAAAUCCGGCUCAAAAUGGAGAGGUUCAACCGAAGAAGAUUUCUCAUAAUAACUUACAACACUACAACAAAAAUCGAACCAGAGUUCUUCGCUUUGAAAGAACUAGAAUUCGUAAGCGAUCUUCUUCUAGUUCUACCUGACACGGGAGACAAUAUAACCACAUUCGCACUCAAAACCCACAAAUACGUGGGGGCAUCCAACAACAACGAACCUGUUCUUCUAGACAAAUGGUUCACACAGAAUCAGAGUUUCCUGUUUGGUGCUAAUUUGUACCCCGACAAACUCUCAAAUCAGUUAGGGCGACCUUUAAAAAUGGCAACUUUUACCUACGAACCUUACAGCGUCAUCGGACAAAAGGUUGAUAAUCACUAUGGUUCAGAACUGGUGUCCGGGGUUCAAUUCGGUCUCAAAUACAACAUGACCCCCAUCCCCAUCGUCAACGAGAAAGACUACUGGGGCGAAAUUUUCUCCAACUGGUCGGGAAACGGGCUUUUGGGCAACCUCGUGGAAGACAAUGCCGACAUAGGCUUUUCCGCGUUGUACACCUGGGAGAUCUGCUACCACUACCUAGACUUGUCAAAACCCCUAGUACGAACAGGGAUCACGUGUCUGGUACCAGCCCCCAAGUUGGCUGCUCGUUGGCUCACCCCUCUUUUUUCGUACGCGCCGGAACUAUGGCUCUACAUUAGUAUCGUCUUCAUCGCAUCCAUUCUCAUUCUAUCUCUGAUUCUGUUGUGGUACCACCACAAGUCCGACCAAAAGCCAGAAAAGUACCCACACUUCGUCGCACUUGCGGUCAAAAUCGUCCUAAAACCCGUCUUGCUACAAGCUUUAAACAAAAACGAAAUCCCUCUUGACGUGGCUAGCAAAUUUAUGUUAGCCCUAAUGCUAGUUUUCAGUCUUUUCCUCACUAGUACCUAUAGUAGUGGUUUGGCCACCGUGAUGACGCUACCACGGUACGAAGACUCUAUUGACACCGUUCAAGAUUUCGCCGACAGUGGUCUAGAUUGGGGUGCCACUCAAGACGCCUGGAUCACCUCAAUCCAAAACGCCGAAGAACCCAUCUACGUUCAAAUAGUAAGCAAAUUCCACCCCACGCCUGAAGACGAACUCCACCGACUGUCCAAAACCGGCCAAUUCGCCUUUUCUAUCGAACGCCUCCCUUUUGAAAACUUCGCCGUUGGUGAGUACAUCGACGAAGACACUAUCGGCAAUUUCCACUUAAUGGAGGAAGAUUUCUAUUGGGAGCAGUGCGUUAUCAUGUUGAGAAAAAACUCGGUACUACUCCCAUCGCUUGAUUUGUUCGUUUUGCGGAUUUUUGAGGCUGGGUUGAUUUCGAAGUGGCAAAACACGGCGGUGGAGAUGUCCAUGAACACGGAGGUUCAAAGGGUGGUCAAGUACUACAAGUACCACAUUAUCGAACACGAAGUGGUCAAGUUAAAGUGGAGUCACGUCGAAGGGACUUUUGCGAUUCUGGCUUUGGGUUGUACCGUCAGUUUGGUGGUUUUUGUGGUGGAAUUAAUGUUUCAAAGGGAGAAGUAGUACCGAUUGAUGCAAAAAUGAAGUUAUGUUUUUAAUAUUAGUGCUUCUGCAUAGUUUCGCUUAUAGCUUGGAUAACUAUAUUUUUACAAUCAAA